AGGGGUGAGGAUGUUAAUGCCGGCCCGUGGCGCUCCCUUCGUCCUGCUGCUAUUGCUUCUCUGUAGGCACAGCCCUGCUUCCUCUUCUCGUCAUGAGUCUGGCAGCAAGGGUCUCGUGCUCUAUGCUCAACUGCUUUGGUGAAGAAGGACCCCCCAGUCUGGAGUAUAUCCAGGCCAAGGACUUGUUCCCCCCGAAAGAGCUGGUCAAGGAGGACGACAGCCUCCAGGUGCCGUUCCCAGCUCUGCAGGGGGAAGGGGUGGAGUAUCUAGGCCGAGCCGAUGACGCCAUCAUCGCCAUCUCCAACUACAGGCUCCACAUCAAGUUUAAGGACUCCAUCAUCAAUGUGCCUCUGAGGCUCAUAGAGAGUGUGGAGAGCAGAGACAUGUUCCAACUGCACAUCAUCUGCAAGGACUCCAAAGUCGUCAGAUGCCAUUUCUCGACGUUCAAGCAGUGCCAGGAGUGGCUGAAGCGUCUGAACCGGGCCAUAGCCCACCCUGGCAGGCUGGAGGAUCUGUUUGCCCUGGCCUACCACGCCUGGUGCCUGGGGGGCAGCGCUGACGAUGAGGACCAGCACCUACACCUCUGCAGACCAGGUGAUCAUGUCCGUCAGAGGCUGGAGAUGGAGGUGAGGAGGAUGGGCUUCGACAUGCAAAACGCCUGGAGAGUGUCCGACAUCAACCUCAACUACAAGUUGUGCUCCAGCUACCCCCAGAAGCUGCUGGUGCCAGUGUGGAUCACAGACAAGGAGCUGGAGAGUGUCGGCUCCUUCAGGUCCUCCAAGAGGAUCCCUGUGGUGGUCUACAGGCACCAGAGGAACGGGGCAGUGAUCGCCCGCUGCAGCCAGCCAGAGAUCAGCUGGUGGGGCUGGAGGAACACAGAGGAUGAGUACCUGGUCACCUCCAUCGCUAAGGCCUGUCUGAUGGACACAGGGGCCAGGGUCACCUGUGGGGCCCCAGCCUGCAGCCGGCCCCGAGGGGAGGGCCCAGACAGCUCUGACAGCGACUUUGACUCCUCUCUGACAGGAUGCCCAGGCCCUGAUGCCAACGCUGCGCCACAGAAGCUUCUCAUUCUCGACGCCCGCUCCUACACCGCUGCAGUGGCCAAUCGCGCCAAGGGAGGUGGCUGCGAGUGUGAAGAGUACUACCCUAACUGUGAGGUGAUGUUCAUGGGCAUGGCCAACAUCCACUCCAUUAGGAACAGCUUCCAGUCCCUCCGAACAGUCUGUAGCCAGAUCCCCGACCCUGGGAACUGGCUUUCUGCUCUGGAGAGCACCCGUUGGCUGCAGCACCUGUCCGUCAUGCUGAAGGCAGCCACUCUGGUGUGCUCUGCGGUGGAAAGGGAGGGACGUCCUGCUCUGGUACAUUGUUCGGACGGGUGGGACCGCACCCCCCAGAUUGUGGCUCUUGCCAAGAUCUUGCUGGACCCCUUCUAUAGGACACUAGAGGGUUUCCAGGUGCUGGUGGAGACAGAGUGGUUGGACUAUGGUCAUAAGUUUGGCGACCGCUGCGGUCACCAGGAGAAUGCUGAUGAUGUGAGUGAGCAGUGCCCUGUCUUCCUACAGUGGCUAGACUGUGUUCACCAGCUACUCAAACAGUUCCCCUGCCUCUUCGAGUUCAACGAGGCAUUCCUGGUCAAGCUUGUUCAGCACACAUACUCGUGUCUGUACGGGACGUUCCUGUGUAACAACGGGCGGGAGAGAGAGGCCCGCAACAUCUACAAACGCACCUGCUCCAUCUGGUCUCUGCUCCGCCCCGGCAACAAGAACUUCCAGAACUUCCUUUAUAUCCCCUGUCAUGAUAUGGUGCUGCAGCCGGUGUGCCACACCCGGGCCCUGCAACUGUGGACGGCCGUCUACCUGCCCACCUCCUCACCCUGCACCGCUGCCGAGAACGCCAUGGAGCUCUACCUGUCCCCCAGCGCACAGGGAGACGAGCUCACCUCACGAUCCCUCGACAGGCUUCCUAAGACUCGCUCCAUGGACAACCUGGUGUCGGCCUGUGAGAACGGGGUGGUCCUCACCCGCACCUCCAGCGACCCCAACCUCAACAAGCACUGCCAGGAGGGCCGUACUGCCCAUGGCUUGGAGCCUAUGGCUGCUAUAGGAGGAGGGGCCGCACCCGAUAGCCCCGAGGACGUCAGCCCUGACACGGGAUUGGACAGUGAUGACUCUGAGGUGGAGCCUGUCACUCAGACUCCUCCUACCACACCCCUGGAGAUGGAGCCAAGGGAAGAGGGCUUCGAGGAGGAGGAGUUGAGAGAGGAGAUCUGUCUGACGACACAACCUCUACCAUCCCUGCCCCUCCCCCCCAUCACUCUGGAGAAGGGCUUCCCCCACCCCUCCCCUACCACCAGCCCCCCACGCCCUCCCCCUCCCUUGCCACAACAGGCGGUUGACAGCCGCUACAGGACUGCUGAGGUCACUACUCCCCCUGCCCGGGCAGCAGAAGCAUGCUUACCUUCCCCACCUGCCUGGAAGGGCCCACUACCGGCAGCUGUUCUGAAUGGGCCUAUCACCAACGGCCUCCAGAACAGCCACUCAGCGUCUGCAGAGCUGCUGGCCCUCGAUCAGCUAGUUCCCCUACUCCCUAUGGCCACGGAGGACUCCACAGAGACCCUCACGGACAAGGUAGAGGCCCCACCAACACUGCCCCCCAGUAGGAGAGAAAGUCUAGGCCAGACCCAGGGCCCAGAGUGGGCCUUACCCCAAGCCCAGACCCAGUCCCAGGCCCAGGGAGCGGAGAGAAAAGGGAAGAGGACAGAGUGUGUGAGUGGUAGAGAGUUGGUGCCUCUGAGAGAAUGUGUGGUAACAGUACCAACAGUAGCAAUGGCUGCCGCCUCUACAGUGCCCCCUGUUGACAACAGCCAGGUAGUGGCAGUGCGAAGCCCAGUCUCCCAGAGCCAACUGAGUGUCAGUGAGGAGCUGUCUCUCCUGGGCUCCCACUGGGAGAGUGUCCAGGGCCUGGUACAGUCUGCCUGCAGCACCGCAGCCAGCCAGUCUGGCCUCUCAGCCAAUCUCUCCGCAGGUCUCUGUCGGGCCCUCCAGCCCACCGCCUACCAGAGUCGGCGCCUGGCUGGCAAGCUGCUCCGUGCCCAGGGCAUGGCCGUGUUGCCUAACGGAGGUUCGCAGUGCUGCCGAAGGGAGAAGGAGGAAAGGGUCCGUGGCCCGGCUCCAGCCCCAGCCAGCUCCAGCCCGGUCCAGUCAGGGUCAGGCUGGCUCUCUGCAGUCAGAAGCAGCUCGGGCUAUGCUGCCAUCUGCGGCCCAACCAGCACCAGCACCCCACCCACCUCUUCAACCCGCCAGUUCUUCUCAGCCUCUCCCUCCUCCUCAGCCUCCCCCCCGCCCUCCCAGCCCCCCCCGGCCUACCUGGAUGAUGACGGGCUGCCGGUGCCCAUGGACGCGGUGCAGCAGCGUCUCAGGCAGAUCGAGGCGGGAUAUAAACAGGAAGUGGAAGUGUUGAGGAGACAGGUGCGCCAGCUGCAGAUGAGGCUGGAGAGACCGUAUGGUACGCCGCCCUCCGAGCCUGACGUCGACUACGAGGACGACAUUACGUGUCUGCGUGAGUCAGACGACAGUGACGAGGAGGACAGUCUGUCGGACCACAGCGAGGACUGUUUCUCCGAGGGCAGCUGGGACACAGUGGAGCAGAAGGACUCAGAGGUCACCAGGUGGGUGCCCGAUCACAUGGCCUCCCAUUGUUUCAACUGCGACUGUGAGUUCUGGAUGGCCAAGCGACGUCAUCACUGCAGGAACUGUGGCAAUGUGUUCUGUAAAGACUGCUGCCACCUGAAGCUGCCCAUCCCAGACCAGAAGCUGUACGACCCUGUGUUAGUGUGUAACGUCUGCUACGACCUGCUGCUGGAGGCUAGGAACAGAGAGAUCUGCAGCCAGCAGCUCAAGAAGCCCAUCGCCACAGCUUCCAGCUGAGAGACAGGAGAGAGAGCCCCUUACUGAGUGUCCCAAUCCUGGCUCAGUCUGGCCUGGCCUAGUUCAGUUUGGCCCGGUUAGGACCUGGAUUAGCACUGUCUUGGAUCAGCUUGAGCCAAGUGCCCCACUCCUACUACCCUAACGUGGUCUGGUCUUGGCUGUGGGGGAAGAUGAGGAGGACUUGUCGUUGCUGUGUGGGAGGGAGGCAAAGCUUGAGAAUGGAGAGAGGCCACUGACCGCUGGGGAUGAGAGACUGACUAAGGACUCGAGUGGAGGAGAGCGACUGACUGAGGAGUGGAAGAGGAUAGGGGAUGGCAGUGAAUGAGAUGGAUGAGGAAGAGAUGGAGGAAGAUGAGCGGCUGUUAUGGAGGCUAUCCCACUGAGUUGAACCCCUUUUGGUCUAACACAUUUCCAGCCUGGAAGGAAGGCUGCAGCGUCCUGCUGCCCUGCCCUGGGGCUAUUGUCCUCCACUGGUGCCUCAGAUACCCCCCUGAUGCCCCAUGCCACCCCCCUGCUCCUGUAGCUCCAUCUCAAACCUGCCUGAAUGUCCACCCCCACUCUGGUGGAUCCCUCUCACACACCAACCAACCACCCACCCCAUAAUGUGCCUCCCCACCCGAAACACACACACACACACCCACCUACUCACCUCCGAGGACAAUCUCUCACCCUCCCAAGUGUUGGGGACUCCAAAGCCUUUACCUGUUAAAUGGAGGCUGAUGACAACUUUACCAAGAAAAAGAAAAAAUGCUGCUACAGUAUUUAAGUCUAAUUUUGUAUUCUUGUUAUUUUGUGCACUACAAGCUGUUUGUGUAUUUGAGGGAAUUUGAGACCAAACUCGAGCGAAAGGGAGAAAUCUGCUGUUUACUUGCUGUCGUGUCUUUUUGUGGAGCUUGAAUGUAAAUGUUUGAAAUGAAAUGGACAAGUGUGUUGGAGUAACUGGAAGACUGAUGAUUAGAUUUGAUUAUGUGGUAACACUUGACACCCAGCAUCAUAACACGUUAUGACACAGUCAUAACCAUUUCAUAAUAUGUCAUAACAGCUGACAUAACUUGUCAUAACCUGUUAUAACAUGGUCAUAACACUAUCAUGACACAUAUUUAGACCUGUUGUGACAUAUGUGAUAUUUUAUGGCUGGUUAUGACACCUACAUAAGAGUGUAAAAACCCACAAAACCUACCACUGUAGUUAUUUUAUGGCUAGUUAUGACGUUAUAUAUUUUUUAAGUUGACCAUAUUAAAUUAACAUUGUAAUUGCUCACACAUUGAUGUCAGACAUGCACCUACCCCAAUGCUCUGUUGCUGAUGACUGGGAUGAAUGCAGGAGCAGGACA